AUGGGAUUCACGAUCGAAGAUCGGUUCAUCACAUCGAGCCGGAAUGGCCAAAAGAUUGCUGUUUCAAUCUACAAACCUGAUGGAUUGAAGCAGCCUGCACCUGUCAUUGUCAUGGGCCAUGGCAUCGGCGCCAUCAAGGCCGCCGGCCUGGCCCCUUUUGCAAGUCACUUCACCGCCGAGGGCUACGCCGCCGUCACAUUCGACUACCUUGGCUUCGGCGACAGCGAGGGCUUCCCGCGCAACGUGCUCGACGUCGGACACGAGCUGCACGAUUUCCGCGAUGUCAUCAAGUGGGUCCGAGAGCCGGAACAAAUAACGUGGGUCGACACUGCGCGCAUCGUUGCUUGGGGGAGCAGCUUUGGCGGCAUGCACACCACGGCUCUCUUGGCCGAAGACCACGAACUGGCGGCCGGUAUAGCGCAGUGUCCGCUGGUUGACGGGUUAGCUGGUGUGAUGCAGAUACCGCUGCUGCGGUCCUUGAGACUUGCGACGACGGCUGCUGCUGAUAUCAUCGGAUUGUACGUCCUGGGGACCAAGGACCCGAGGUACGUCAACCUCAUUAGCGACGGGUCUUCUACAGCCGUUAUGGCAUCUCAAGAAGCUUACGAGGGCUGGACGCGUUUGGCACCUGACGACGGGCGCGACUGGCCAAAUGUUAUUGCAGGACGGUCUCUUCUGAACAUCAUGAUGUCUCGACCGCUGUUAAAUAUUCAUAAGAGUGCUCGCCCGUACCUGGUCGUUCUUCCCACCUGGGAUCAUGAAGCAUCAUUGAGUGCUGCCGAGGAUUGCGUUAAACGUGCUCCGUUUGGAGAAGCGUUGAGGGUUGACGGGGGGCAUUUUGACUUGUAUAAUGGAGGCAUCGCGUUCGAGAAGAAUAUUGCUGGGCAAAAAGAGUUUCUUAGACGUGUACUCAAUACGGAAUCAGCUCGAAAUUGA